AAAAGGACAGGAGAAUCAAAACCAGAACGGGACCCAUACACUCUCUCCCUGGCUGUAAACGUCACCAUUUCUUCCCCACUCCGUUACAUCUCGAGCUGCUCAUUUGCUGAUAGCUUUCCUGAUCAAUGAUCAUCGAGCUCAGAAAGUCGCUCUCUCCUUUCAGUUUUUCCCUAUUCAUUUUCACUCAGCUUUUCCCCACUCCCUCGGUCUCGCCGUCCCAAUUCGGGCCUUUGCCCUGAUCACCCAGUUUUCCUUUUUCCUUGAUUCUUCAGUUCAGAGAUGGCUUCAAUGGCGGCCAGUUCAAUCGCCGCACCUUCUUCGGUUAACAAAGGUCGACUCUCUUCCCUCUUCCUCUCCCCUCCCGACAGACUUCCCCACAGGAAUGCUUGCUUCUUGCCCCUAAAGAAACUUCGAUCAUCAUCGGCGGUUCCAUUGGCUAAAACCGACGCUGGCUUGGCUUUCUCGCCGCUACCCCCGGGGAAUCGGAGCUUCCUACCGACGGCGGGGUUGUCGACUAGGGUGUUGGGGUUCUCCCUCUCGAGUCAACUGGUGAGGAGAAGGCCCAUUGAGCGUCUGGUCGUUAAGGCGGCUGCUGCUUAUGAAGAAGAAGGCCAUUUAGAGGCAGCUGCAAAGAGCUUUGGUGAGAGAUUUCCUGCUCUGGUCACUGGCUUCUUUUUCUUCACUUGGUACUGCUUGAAUGUGAUCUUCAACAUACUCAACAAGAAAGUCUACAAUUACUUCCCUUACCCCUACUUUGUCUCUGUGGUACAUCUGCUAGUUGGAGUGGUGUAUUGUCUUGGUUCUUGGUCUGUUGGCCUGCCGAAACGAGCUCCGAUCAAUAAGGAGCUGCUGCUGGUAUUGACUCCAGUUGCGUUCUGUCAUGCUCUUGGCCAUGUCAUGUCCAAUGUAUCAUUUGCAGCAGUUGCAGUGUCUUUCACACACACUAUUAAAGCGCUGGAGCCGUUCUUUAGUGCUGCUGCUUCUCAGUUUGUUUUGGGCCACCAGAUUCCACUUUCACUGUGGCUUUCCUUAAUGCCAGUUGUUCUUGGUGUGUCGAUGGCUUCUCUGACUGAGCUUUCUUUCAACUGGACUGGUUUCAUCAGUGCCAUGAUCUCCAACAUUUCAUUCACCUACAGAAGCAUCUAUUCUAAGAAAGCAAUGACUGGCAUGGACAGCACGAAUGUGUAUGCUUACAUUUCAAUCAUCGCACUCUUUGUCUGCAUCCCACCGGCAAUACUGAUUGAAGGCCCUAAGCUGAUGCAACACGGUUUCAGCGAUGCCAUUGCCAAAGUUGGGUUGGUCAAGUUCUUAUCUGACUUGUUCUGGAUAGGAAUGUUCUACCAUCUCUACAAUCAGGUUGCCACAAACACACUGGAAAGGGUUGCACCACUCACGCAUGCAGUAGGGAAUGUGUUGAAGAGAGUGUUUGUCAUUGGCUUCUCCAUCGUCAUAUUCGGCAACAAGAUCUCCACACAAACAGGAAUUGGUACGGCCAUAGCCAUUGCAGGAGUUGCAAUGUACUCUCUGAUCAAAGCUAACAUGGAAGAGCAAAAACGGAAGGCAGCUGCUGAAGCACCAUCAUCAUAAGGAAUGAUAGGCCAACAGACUCUGAUCAAACUAACAGUUAGCAACAGCCUACACAGAGCAAAUAAACCAGACAUUCGAGACCCUUUUAACUCUGAGGUACAAAGACUAGCAAUAAUAAAUCCACGGAAUUUGAGUACAAGCCAUAAUGAGCCUGCUACAUGCUUCUUCAUCCUUGCUACUGUAAUGAGCAAUGGCAAUUUGAUUAUAAUUAUCCUAUGUUGUUGGCAAAUACAACGACACAGCUUCCUUAUAAUCUUUC